CACCUCUCCGCGUCCCUGUCCCCCUUCCAGCUGGGCGAGGGGGCCAGUCCCUGGCUCGGCGCACUGAGGCUCUCGGGUGCAGGCCGCCAUGAGCAAACGGAAAGCGCCGCAGGAGACUCUCAACGGGGGGAUCACCGACAUGCUCACAGGUCAGCCCGNNNACUUCGAGAAGAACGUCAACCAGGCGAUCCACAAGUACAACGCUUACAGAAAAGCAGCAUCUGUGAUAGCAAAGUACCCACACAAAAUAAAGAGUGGAGCAGAAGCUAAGAAACUGCCCGGAGUUGGAACAAAAAUUGCUGAAAAGAUUGAUGAGUUUUUAGCAACUGGAAAAUUGCGUAAACUGGAAAAGAUUCGGCAGGAUGAUACAAGUUCAUCCAUCAAUUUCCUGACUCGAGUUACUGGCAUUGGUCCAUCUGCUGCAAGGAAGUUUGUAGAUGAAGGAAUUAAAACAUUAGAAGAUCUCAGAAAAAAUGAAGAUAAAUUGAACCAUCAUCAGCGAAUUGGGCUGAAAUAUUUUGAGGACUUUGAGAAAAGAAUUCCUCGUGAAGAGAUGUUACAAAUGCAAGAUAUUGUACUAAACGAAGUUAAAAAAGUGGAUUCUGAAUACAUAGCUACAGUCUGUGGCAGUUUCAGAAGAGGUGCAGAGUCCAGUGGUGACAUGGAUGUUCUUCUGACCCAUCCAAGUUUUACCUCUGAGUCAAACAAACAGCCAAAACUGUUACAUCGUGUUGUGGAGCAGUUACAAAAGGUCUGUUUUAUUACAGAUACUCUGUCAAAAGGUGAAACAAAAUUCAUGGGUGUUUGCCAGCUUCCCAGUAAAAAUGAUGGAAAGGAAUAUCCACACAGGAGAAUUGACAUCAGGUUGAUACCCAAGGAUCAAUAUUACUGUGGUGUUCUCUAUUUCACGGGGAGUGAUAUUUUCAAUAAGAAUAUGCGAACUCAUGCUUUAGAAAAGGGUUUCACAAUCAAUGAAUACACGAUCCGUCCCCUAGGAGUCACUGGAGUUGCUGGAGAACCCCUGCCAGUAGAUAGUGAGAAAGACAUCUUUGACUACAUCCAGUGGAAAUACCGAGAGCCCAAGGAUCGAAGUGAAUGAGGCCUAUCCUUCCCCAGCACAGCCCAACAGGAGUCUUAAUUUAUUUCUUAACCUUUGCUAUGUAAGGGUCUUUGGUGUUUUUAAAUGAUUGUUUCUUCUUCAUGUUUUAGCUUGUACCGUAGUCAAUAAAACCUAAUGCACUAUUAUCAGA